GAACUGAUCAGGAAAAGUACUUGAACUACCUAGCCUCAAAUGAUGUCAGAAAUUGGGUGACUCCAGCUAGCUGUAGUUAAGCGCGAGGCAAUCUUUUUUGAAAGCGAAACCAUCACAGUACGCGGACGUAGUCUAUUAUUAGAGAACUAAGGAAUCCAGUCUUUCUUGGUAACAAAGUCGUGCUUGUCAGUAGAAGUUGUGCAUUCAUCUUCCUGAUGUAAUCCUUUACUGCAAAACUUUUUAUGCAUUGGUAGAAUGUGCUGCACUAAAGUAGGUACACACAGUAAGGGUGACUUCAUGAAAGCUGGAUCCUAGACUUGCACCUUGAAUGUAAAACUGAUGCUACUUCAGGAGUUGCUGCUGGCCUCCUCCUCCCGUGCCUGUAACAGUUUCUGUUACAGUGAAUAUACCUGUUGAGUUUCUGCUAGCUGUCCAGCUCCAUGCCUGUUCAACCUCAUGGCCUUCCAAUACGUAGAGAUUCUAUGAACUCCUUGCGCAUAACCAUUGGCGGCCUUCCUGUCCUUGCUUCUAUGACAAAAACUACAGAUCCUCGAUUUCGUCCUCGAUGGAAGGCUAUUGUUGCUGUGCUUCUUAUUGUAUCAUUGCUGCUGAUGCUAUUUUUCCACCGUCCAUUCAUACCACGGCCUGCCUUCUCUAAUGCCCACAACUGGAGGAUCAACCCUGUGCUGAGAAGCAAAUACAAUGACACAUAUCCCUUGUCCCCACCUCAGAAGACCACAGAGGGAGUCCGCUACCGCAUUGGAGUCAUCUCAGAUUUGGACACAGACUCCAAAAGUCGAAAAGAGCACACAUGGUUCAGUUACAUGAAAAAGGGAUAUUUGACUUUAUCUGACAGCGGGGACCAGGUGUCUGUGAACUGGGAUAAUGAGCAAAUAGUUCUGGAGUCUCAUUUAGCAGAGAAGGGAAGGGGCAUGGAGCUGUCAGAGCUCAUAGUUUUUAAUGGAAAGCUUUAUUCCGUAGAUGAUCGGACAGGUGUUAUUUAUCACAUUGAAGGACAGAAAGCAGUACCAUGGGUAAUCCUUUCUGAUGGAGAUGGAACAGUAGAGAAAGGCUUUAAAGCUGAGUGGCUAGCAGUAAAAGAUGAGCACUUGUACGUGGGGGGCCUGGGUAAAGAAUGGACCACCACGACUGGUGAGAUUGUAAAUGAAAAUCCUGAAUGGGUGAAGGUUAUUGGCUACAGAGGGGAUGUCCGGCAUGAAAAUUGGGUAUCUAACUACAAUUCAUUGAGGUCGGCAGCUGGCAUCAACCCACCAGGUUACCUUAUACAUGAGUCUGCCUGCUGGAGUGAUAUAUUAAAACGCUGGUUCUUCCUCCCUCGUCGAGCAAGUAGUGAGCGUUACAGUGAAAAAGAGGAUGAGCAUAGGGCAACCAAUCUCCUCCUUAAAGCUACACAGGACUUCACAGACAUCUCUGUCAGCAAGAUCGGGGAGGCUAAUCCAACUCAUGGUUUUUCCUCUUUCAAGUUUAUCCCGGACACCGAUGACCAAAUAAUAUUGGCAUUGAAAUCUGAGGAGGACAAUGGGAAAAUAGCAACUUACAUCAUGGCUUUCACUCUAGAUGGACGUUUCCUGCUUAAGGAGACAAAAAUUGGAGAUGUAAAAUAUGAAGGAAUUGAAUUUAUAUAAGAUUUACCUGACUGAAUAUGAAUAAAUGUGUAACAUAGCAACGGGAUUAAAAUGAAAAUUAGAAACCAA